ACCACACGCGAUUGUCGUUGUGAAACCCGAACCGUUUACAUGAAAGUAUAUUAAUAUCGAGAAAAUGAAUAAAUGAACGAUGAACCAAUUUUAACAUGUUAGCAUUGUACUGAUAUAACAAGAAAAGAUGCUGCCAGUAUAUAAUCUGUCUUCGUCAGAUUGGCCGGACGAAAUUUGUCUGUAGAAAGGUUUCAAAUCAGACGGAAGUAGAAUCGAUACGCCAGAAUUCGAUAGUGGCAAAAGUAUGGCCGAAAGCGGAUUUUCAUUUCUGCUAAAGACAAAACAGCAAACAACACAGUGAAAACUUUUAUUAUGACUGAGUUAAAACUACUUUAUUGCAUCCUCUUGUUAACGUUUUUCGAGCUGACGUCACAAAUUCGACCGUCCUUACAUGGGCACAAUAAUGCCUUUGUACAGGAUGACAAUGACGUUCAAUACCUUUUUGACAACAUACCAAUGUCUAUGCAUAAGGAUUUUACUAAUACAGUGCAUGGGGCUGGGGAUGCAACAUCAGAAGAAGAUAAAACAAAAGAUUCAUUAUCUUAUGUUUAUUUUGAACCACAUGUUUUGGAUUUCAAAGAGAGAGAACUUGGUAUACCCCACCAAGAAACUGUGAUCUUGUUUAAUAGAGAUCACAAUAAAACCAUCCACCUUUCAUCAAUAUCUGGAAAUACUCGUCAUUUCCAUUCAUCAUUCUUUCGAAACAAAGUAAUCCCACCAUUGGGGAACACAACAUUUGAUGUUGUCUUUCUUGGUCGAGAGGAAGGUGAUAUUGAUACGCAUCUUUUUAUACAUACAUCAGAUGGAACUGUUAAAUAUCAAGUAAAAGGAAUGAGCGUCAGUAGUCCGUAUCGACUAAGACCUGUAGUGGGUGUCAAAUUACCUUUAAAUGCAACAUUUACUCCACUCAUAUAUAUGCACAAUCCACACGCAGAAGCUUUACAAGUUUUAGAGGUAUAUAGUAGUGGUGGAGAAUUUCAACUGGAAUUGCCAUCAGGGGAAGCAGAGGGUUCGCGUGAACUAUGGGAAAUCCCACCAUAUCAAACAAAACCUAUCAUAAGACUACAUUUUAAUGCUUACACAGAAAAAAAUCAUACCGCAUACAUUAGGCUUAAAGUAAAUAACACUUCGGAAGUGCUUGUUGUAACAGUCGAAGUCGAAGUUAAAAGUGGGGCUGGUCUACAUUGGGGCGGAAGUUCUGGAGUAAUAAAUUUAGGUAUGGGUGGUUCGCUUCAACCGCCCAUUCAAUAUCCUAUUGCUUUGAAAAAUUCGGCGAAAAAGCCAAUAAAAGUUAUGAAUAUAAUUAGUACACCAGUUUCUAAAGCAUUGAAACUUCAUUUCGAACAAGCGGUUAUUCCAGGAGAGACGGAUAUACCGAUUGCAAUUGGAGCACUAAUUUAUGACUGGAAGACUGGUUUAGAGUUACAACAUUUUAAAGGGAAAUUAGUAAUAAAAGCUAUAGGUCCCGGUGGUUCUAAUCAGAAACUAACAAUACCAUGGAUAGCACAAGUUUUACAGGGUGGUCUAGAAGUAAACGCAUCAAUUACGCAUUAUUGUUCUCUCCAAUCUAAUCAAGCACGAAACUUUAGCGUUGUUAAUAAAUUUAAAUUGCCGUUAGCUAUCACAAAUGUUACAAUGUCAACGCAUGUGAAGUCACUUUUUACCAUAAAGAAUUUUAUUCCAAGAGUGAUAAAACCAGAGCAAAAGGUCAAUAUAUUUUCUUUACAACUCGCAAAGGAUAGAAAAACCGAUAACGUGAAGAUGGAAUCGUCGAUUUUAAUUCAUUCGAAUGUCUCGGUAACGGAAGUCCCGUUGUUAAGUUACGAUGGUAAAGUGAGGAAAAUCGUUGCCGAAGGUAGGGAAAGCGAGGACGGCACGAUGCACUUUGGUACCGUGGGAAGCGGGACCGAAAAUGAGGCCAUUUUUGCUUUGGAGAAUCAAAAUCCUAUUAACAUAGAUUUACACGGGUGGGGGGUGAACAUGCCUGGCGCAGUACUAGAGUUGAUGGGUUGCCAAAGAGGUCCGGCUGAUUUUUUGGACAAAGACCUUCGCAAUAUCACCGUGUGCAGUCAUACUGGGAAUCAAUACAUAAAGCCCGGCUAUUUAGCUAUUUUUAAAAUAAAAGUAAAAACUCCGAUGGUGGAAGAGGAUACGAUAGUAGGCGACGUAUUUGUCAGAACGACUUACGAGAGAUUCAUCUUACCGGUUUACAUGCGAGUCGCACACGGAAGGAUUUCCUUGAAGAAGCUUAUAUUUACCGACUGCUUUCCCGGAUCGAUUUGCGUGCAGCAAGUUAAGGUGCAUUCGACAUUUGCAAGACCGAUGCAAGUAACUCGAAUCGUGCCCGUUAACAAAGAUAACAGAAUAAAGUAUAUUCCUCUGGAGGAAGCGUCGAUGCCUGUUAUUACAAAAGGAGAGAAUUACAUCGGAUCUAUGAAAAUCGAACCGUCGGUGGCUUGCAAACAUCAUUGUUAUUUAGGUUUAUCAUUGGACAGUAACGCCGGUAAACAAUGGCUGAACACGUUGGCUCUUCCGUCGCAUACGAGGGACUCCGAUUUAAACUUUUUAAACACUAGAUACAUGCGUUUUCUUAACUCGACGGGCGGUCGUUCUUGGGAUAAUAUCACGAUGCGCCUGGACACGACAGAAGUUCGUGGGCACAAAUUUUAUUUGAACAUAAAACCGCAUUGGCCCAGUCUAUUGACUGGCCUCGGUAAUAACAAAAAUAAAAUUGCUUUAGCGUUCCCUCUGACGCAAGUUGGAAACACGUCCUACAGCACGAUAAAAGUGCAUAAUCCGAGUACUAGUCCUUUAAUGAUACAGUUAGUCAUGGACUGGAAUUACCCGCAAGGGACAAGACUCUAUCAUUCGUUACCUGCUAAGUUUAAGUUCCCAUGCGCCGAGUGCGGAUCUACGGUCGCGGAAGAAUUCAAACUAGAAGAAAGUAUAACUGACAGAGAAAGGUUCGAAGAGGAAUGGGACAUCGUAGUAGCAUCGCAAUCGAUUCCCUUGUAUUUGAAGCCCUCGGAGUCAAGAACCGUACGAAUAUCAUACACGCCUUUCUCCCCUUCUUUAUCGUCCGCUCUUUUAUACAUUAGGAACAACAUGACCAUUUUGGAGGUGUUACGCGUAAUGGGCCAAGGGGCGAAUGCACAAUUUAGAUUCGGAAAUCGAAAGCCAGGUUCCACUAUGCCUUUGCUAUUCGAACUUGCUGAUAAACAUCUUAAAGAUUGUGAACGAGAACGGUAUAAACGAAAUCCGGCUCCGAACUUGACGGUGAAAAGAUCAUUUAUGGCGAGGAACACCGGGGAACUUCCAAUAGAAAUCUAUGAUUUUUAUAUUAACGGUUUACGGUGCGAGGGGUACGGUUUCAAAGUUUUGAACUGUAUGCCGUUCAAAUUAAAUCCGAACUCCACGAAGAAGGUGGAAAUUGCGUUUACGCCGGAUUUCACGUUGUCGCGUAUCGAAAGGAAGCUUCUGAUAUCGACCAGUUUGAACUCCGAUAGCGACAUUGAGAACGGUAUGGUAGUACUUAAUUUACUGGCCACCCUUCCACCACACUCCUUGGAGGCUUGUACGGCCGCGAUUGCAAGACCUUCGUGGGAACACUUCGUGCAAUGGGCAGCUAUAAGUUUCUCGUCGAUAUUGUUGAUCUGCAUUCUCGCCAUUUCGUUUCUUGAGGCGGAUCGGAUAUUGCAAGGAGCCUUGGCCAGCUUCUCGCGAGAGAGCACGGUUCAACCACCGCUAGAUUUAAGGCUGCUAUCGCACAUGUCAGUACAAUCAGCGCAAGAGACGACUUCCUUCAAAGAGAAAUUAAUUAACGAGGAAAAACAGAAGGUGAUCAAGAAGGAGGAAACGUAUCCGGAUUGGACGCUGAUGAACGUGAAGAAGUUCAAGGAUAAAGAUAACACGCAGAAGGGAUUAAAAAUACCUGACUGGACUGCGGACGAGGAACGAAGAUUCAAGUUGGAUACCGAAGCGAAGGAUCUGUUGUCGUUCAAACGUUGCGAAGAACCAGUUUUGGAUAACAGUAAUGUUAUAAGCAAUAUUGCUCUUGGUGCCAAGAAGAAGAACAAUAAAAAGCAGAACAACGUUCAAGAGGUUCAAACGGACAAUUGUGUGACAGAGAGCUCGUUUACGGAUAUUCAAGGGACUCAGGAAAAGAAGUACGGUGUAAAUACUUUUAUUAAAACGAGUCCUGUAACAAAUAGAAAAGGAAAAUCUAAUCAGGCGGCGAGCAUCAAGGUGGAAACGAAGUUAGUCGAUCACGAAGUGCAAGUAGAUACAACAGGUUUCUUGAAUAAUACUCGAAACAAUAAGUUAGAUAAUAAAAAGAAACAGACUGCGGUUAACAACAGCAAUAAUAGUCACGUAUCUUUUAAAAAGUUCGAAUCUAACAAUAAUCAGAGGAACACUCAUUUGUCCGAGGAAGAAACGUCGUCUACCACAACGGAGAGUUCGCUUCAAGAUGAUCCACCGCCUUGCAAGAAUUUCGAUCAGACAUGCGUGAAGUCCGAUAAAUUGCAACGGAAGCCUGCAACGAAAAAAACUAAGCCUCAGGCGGUCGCCUCUGUGCCAUGCGUAGAUUAUAGAGACAAUUACGAGGGUGACUGCGACGACGACGAGUACGACAAAGAGAGGCACAACAAUCCUAACAGGUGGAAAACGAACACGGCAGGAAGGUCCACCAUAAAGCAUCAUAUUCAUACGACGCGCACGGUCGAGUCAUCGUUUAAGAUAUCUCGUCAGAAUAAGAAUCCUCCUAGGAAGGAUAAAGGAUCUCAGAAACGCCGAGGUAUCGAUAAAGGGCACGUAAAAACGGCGACGUUGAAUGGAAACCCUAAUCAGAGGGAAGAUUCGACGCGUAUGCUGGGUACCGUUUCCGCACCGUUACCGCCGCCACCGUCGUGCUGGGGCGAGAAUCGAGCUAGGUUCAGCGACGUCGUGGCACGGAACCAAGAGAACAUCUCGCCGUUUACGAGCUUAAAUAAGUUACACAAAAGCCAAACGACAACGCAUAACUUGUCGAUGGUCUUCAAUAACGACACCAAAGAUAUAGAUUAUACUAAACAGCAAUCGAGUCAAGAGUUGAUACAAAAGGAAUACAGAAUAGUAUCGAAAUCCCCGUCUCUCUGCGUACAAUCCGUCGAGAAAGAGAAACAAGUUAGUCAAGAUACGUUUAAGGUGCAGAAUAAUUCGCAGCAUCAUUCAAACAGUUAUUUCAUGAACGCUUUUACCGAACCACCAUUUGAACGAGAACUGGUCCCGUACGACGAUCUUCCAGAAACCGAUGAACCGUUGAUGGAACUAGAAAGUCCUGAGGAAGACACGCGAUGCCAAUUGUGGGAAGAUAAUAAUCCAAUGUUCAAAUUGUUAUCCGAUAAUACAAAUGGAUUCCAGUUAGAAUCGCCAAAGUCUACGGAAAAGCCACCGAUACUUACGGAUACGUUGAAAGAUAAUUGGGUAACGGUGGAAACGAAUUGGGAGCCAUUGUAUACCAGAGCAGCGGUGGGAGAAGAGAGAAGCGGUGUUUGGGGAGUAAAUACAGGUGGUGUUUGGGCUGCUGGUCCAUGGGGUGCAGCUACACCUCCUGUGGUUUCACAAAUACCUUCGUUACAAACAGAAUCGGAUACGCAAGAAAGAUCGGGUUUUGAUCCAUUUCGCUCGCUCAGUACAAUUUGGACACCGUCAUCCUCAGAGUCUUGGAAAAAAUUGCACGAAGACUAAUUUCAUUCUCAAAAUAUUUUCGAUAUUGUAUCUUGUGAUAUCUCUAGACCUGGUUGAACCAAUUUUCUUUUUUUUAAUACGGAAAUUAAUGAUUAAUAUUUAUUAGCAACACAUUUUGUGAUCGAUAACGCUUAAACAACCGUCUCGUUUUUUUGUUAUUAUUCGUGUUUCGCGCAUUUUGUGAUACGUUGUUGAAUAGUACAUAAUAAUACCGACAAAUAAGUUUCGGGCAAAAUUGUUUUGUACUUGUUAAAUUCUCACGUUGUCACUUGUUGACUUAUGUUGAUUUAGUACUCUAGUAAGUGUGCGUUAAAAUUAGAUUCAAAAUUGCAAGUUUCCUUUUCAUUUUUUUGAGUUUGAACGAUCAACAAAAAUUUGAUUACAAAUGUGGUAACAGUCGAAACGCUAAAGUCGAGAGCGUGUAAACAUUUAAUUUGUGGAUUUUGCAAUUUAAUACCUACUGCUUUUGACUUUUUCUUUCUUUUUGUAUUUUCUACACAUGUACAUGAAAAGUGAUCACAAUACUCAGAGAAUAUUGGUUUUGAUGUUAUGGAAAAAAGAAACAGAAGAUAAUGGUUAAGUUAUUUGGAACGAGUGAGAACUGUGAUUUUUAUAGUCUUGACUUGUAGAAAUUUCUUCGGUAAGUUUUCAAAACAUUUUACAAAGUUGUGAUGUAUACAAAACAAAAUAAAAAUGUGUACCUACUCUUCAA